CAAAUACGCGGUGUCCGUUGUCAAGUUGGAAAAUCUUGUGCGAGUAUACAUCACAAUCGUAUAAAGGAGUACAACACAUCAGUUAUCUGCUAUGCCGCGAGCAUGGACGCUAUUGUGUAAAUGAAAUGAUAUUAAAUUUCCUCGUUAUUUGUCACAUAAACAAAUAUUGACAAUUGUCGUCUAUCAUGUGAUUAUUUGGUUAGCCGCUGGUAGUUUGUACAAGCAUUAGGAACGCAUGUGUACAAUUAUCGAAACAAUAACAUUAUGCCGCGUAAAAUUUUUGCAGUAUAUUACUUUUCUUUGGAAAGCGUUGAAUAAAAGAACUAAGGAAAUGAUUGUAGCGAUGCGUGUCGGCUGACAGGUGCUUGCCGGUAGAAACUGAAUAUUAACUACGAGCUAAAUAUUUAUAUCAUUUUCCGGUAUAUGUAUUGCGGUUAAGCCCCGGUAAACAUGCAAGUCCAUAAUGCAAAUGUUGCUAUAAGUUCGCAUACAUAUGUAUGUUCUCUCUAAUUAUUUAAAAUAAUCCAUCGUUUGUUUUCCCUAAAUGUAGACCACAUUCCGGUUUCCUUGGAGCUUUUGUUUAAAGUUUUUUGUUAUUUUGAAAUAACCUAUUUUGCAGUACGAAUUUACGACUCGAACCAGUGGCAGUGCAUGCAUAGUUUUAUCAUUUUAUAUUCCUGAAACUACUUCGAAGCCUCUCAUCAGCUAGGUUCGUGCUAAAAUUUGUAUAAUAGUCUAUUAUAGAAGAAUUUAAAAUACAGGGACCUAUAAGAAGUAUUAAACUGGGAAUGGCAGCAGCUGGAGCUGUGAAUCGAGUGUCGCAGCCACCUUUCCAAGGAGUCGGUCAUUUGUCAAAGACUUUUCAGUCUUCUCAAGUCCAUACUCCGCUUCACCUUGACCGUAUAACUAACAGCGAAGAGUCUUACAAUGGUUAUAUUCACGACAAGAGAUCUUGGUUGACUAAGCCAAUAUGGGGGAACAGCAGUUUACUCAGGGGAUCUGAUACAAGAAGCUUACCGCCAACAAGGCCACAAAUUGAUCAAAAAUUCGAUCUUAGCCACCUGGCCAAAAGUCACAAACAUUUUGGCGGAGGAGAACUCUCAUAUGGCAGAUCCUUUCCGAUACAUGCAAAGUAUGAUGUGACUAAUCUGAAAAGAAGUGAUGUCAGACCCACAGAUGAACUUAUUCCAAGCAGUAACAAGGUUAAUCUGAGAUCCGACAUUAUAAAUGUCCCGUUUCCUGCGGAGCAUCCACAAAAUUCACACAUUCCGAAAUUUGCCGUAUUUCCGGCACAGGACUCCCCCGACGACACCCGGAGUGGCCGAGCGACCCUAACGAAAUCGACAUCGUUGCCAUCUUAUGCACCGUCGGGAAGUGGUUCCGUAGUUGCUGAGAAGAUCAGAGGUUCACCCCAAAGGCGUGAGGUCAUACGAGUACUAAGUGAUUCCGAGAGAAGACCUCUUCAAUGGCAUGGUCACAGUUUCAAUCAGCUGGUCAAAGGUCCCGACAUAAAAAAGAAUCAAUUCUACCCAACUCCUCCGACAUCCGUUAAACCGGACUUUUGGGACCGACCUGCAAAUCUCUCGGUCUCCCAAAAGACUGCAGAGGCGCAACAACGCAUCAUUGAUGUCGUCAGUGGCGACACAGAAUACACUCAGCAAUAUUCUGGAAAUUCACCAAGAAUCGCUGGUCAAACAAAUAUGAACACAUUCCCAGCGAAAGAAAAACAAGAAAAGGUGGUUCUUGAAGAGAAAGAGCAGCCAUAUGACACAACGUAUGGCAAAGAUUAUUCAAUAGACGUAAACACUCUGGAUAGUUCCCCUCCAACAUCAAUUUUGCGUACAGCAUCAACAAAGAAGGCAAAUGAAGCGAAACGCAACAGAAGCGUUAAAUUCAGUGAAAGUGUUACGAUUUCAAAUGGGCACCAGACAUCUUCCGGUGUCAUGAACGACAUUUUGAAAGAUGCCAAUCAUGAGCAAGUUGCCCAAAGACCUUUGACAGCUCCUGGCCUUCAACGACAAUCAAUUCUUACUACAAACCCACUCCUCUUUCCCACCGCUCAUCAACUGACACUACCCCAUACUAACACAUCACAACCCAGACCUUUCAGUACUGGGGUGUUUGGGAGCACACUCAGAAACGAAUUGCGCCAUCUUCAAUUAAACUACAGCAAGUCGGGUACACAAAGAAAGUUCCACUGCGAGUUCCCAGAAAAUUCUCCGGACAUUCGUAGAACACCUGAUAUGCGAAUCACAAUCAACGAACGCCGUCACGUGAUUCCAGAAAUCGGUUGCCAUAGUUACUACUUUCAUGGCUGAAGACAUUUAAAAGGUCAUGUUAGGCCCUCUACUGGACUGCUCAGGGGGCGAUCGUAUGACAAGAAUCACAAGUUUGCCCAAUCAGAACACUUCACAAAAAUGUAGUUUAGGAGUUUAUAGAGUUUUCUACAUUUCAACGACUUUAAAAGUUCCUAUUAAAAAGCUUUUAACGAAACAUGUUUGACGUAGUUAAAUAUAUCCGUUGACUUCAUGAGGAAUAUUCUAAUAUACAUGUAUGGAAAGGUUGAUAUAUUAAAUAGGUAUUGUGUAG